AACACGUAUCCACACCAUGCAAGACAUGCCGCUGUCUCACUUUUGCUUUGUGGUUGUUAGAAGGCCAGACUCAGCCUUGGGUAGACUUAGCCAUCUAAUAACGUCUCAUUUUUCUGCUUGCUAUGCAUCUCACAGAACUUGAUUGGGAGUGUUUAUUACAUCUUUUUGCUUACCUGGAUAAGGAUAGCCGCCGCAGCCUGUCUCUGACGUGCUUACGGUUAAGACAGGUCUUCCUGGACCCUCAGUUGUGGAUGCUUCUCCACUUCAGGUCUCCUUGUGAGCUAAGGAGGGAUAACUUUGUUUUGGGCCCUUCGCUGAGGUACCUGGCCAUAUGUUGGCACUCCAGUUGGGUCAAAGUGUGCAACACUGAGAACUGGAUGAAGACCACGUUCCAGAGGGAGCUAUGCAGCAAGCACAAGAGAAUUGUCAGUGACUUCCUGGAGAGUGUGUGCCACAUGUGUCCAAAUUUACUUACCCUCACUCUGUCUGGAUACGGCCACAUUACAGACCACAAUAUCAUUAACCUGCUACAGAGCUGCAGGGGACUACGCAGCCUCAGUCUAGAGAACUGCGCACGAGUGACGGACUCCAUCCUGCAGGCAGUGGUGGACCAUGGUUGCAAUCUCACAGAGGUGAGGGUGGACUUCUGCCGCAACAUGACCCAGGCAGGGAUUGAUAAGGUCAGGGAGAAACGGCCAGAGGUGCAUCUGAGCGCACUACACAGUGCAGAUAUGAUUCCAGACAGCAAACCUGAGGAGAAGAUGCAGACCAGGAGAACUCUGCAGAAGUUUUUGAUCUUCUCCUGAGAUCCUAAGGAAAGAAGUUUACACAGACCUAAAAACCUAAAACCUAAAAAAAUACCUUUUUUUUGUUGUUUUUAUUAUAUUACACUUGUGGGUUUCUUUUAUACUGUAAUUUCUUAUUUUAUAAUUUGUAAUGUUUCCAUGCUUAAAACACUUUAAGGAGUAGUGAUCCUUAAAGGUAAAGUGUGCCAUUUCUGCACCAAAUGGACUUAAAAUAAUGAAUGUUUUUAAAACAGGUUUACUGAAAACUGCCCCAUCUGUCAUUGGUCAGACAAACAAAUAGUCCAAACACAUGCCAAUUCAAACAAACAAGCAAUGUUUUGAUAGUGUCACCAAGCCACAGUAUUUACAGAUUUCAGAGAUAUCAAUCUACAAAUGGCUUACUUAUAAUUUUGUCUUCAUAUUAAGCUGGGAUAGGAGAAAGUAUUUUUACUUUGAAAACACCCACAUCACCUUUAAAUAUAGAAUUAUUUGGAAUACCAUAAUCUCAAAAGUUUUCAUUCUAAAGUCAUUGUUCCAUGUUCAUAUUCAGUCUUCCAAAUUUUGAAUCUUUUGUUUAAGCAGUAAAUUUACACCUGUAAAUGAUUCCUUAACGAAUCACCAUUACUCUUUUUUUUGUUCCUUCACUGUCAUGAGUUUGUUUGUUUGUUAGUUUGUUUGACUCCAGUGAUGACUCUUUGGUUAUGUAAACAGUACAAAGACUAAUGAAGUAUUUAACAUGCAGGGCAAUGGCCCAAUCAAUCAAUUCCAACCAAAUUUGAUAAUAAAACAUUUGUGGACCCUGUGUAUUUAUUAAAACCACAGCUUGUUUUGGUUGCAUAAUCUAAUGUUAGCUCUGGAACUGCUCAAAGUUGAUUUGGUUAUUCACAUUGUGAGUAUUGGAAAUCUUUCCAGUGAUGCAAAAAGAAUACUUGGCCCAUUACAAGUUUACAGCAUCCCUUGAUGACCAAAUUUAAGCAAUAUGGUACAAGAUGUCAUGCCAUAUUUUGAAAAUAGUAACAGCAAAAGGAGAUUGUUAAGCAUGUUGUUUGGCAUUUAUUAAUUCAUUAUUAUCUUGAUCUUUUUUAUAUAAAAUGUAUAGUUUUAGUCUCAGAUGCUGAUUGGUCAAUAAAGCAGACCAGUUGCGCUAAA